AUGGGUAACCAACAUUCUGAACAAAGAAAUAAUGAUUCAUCAACCGAAAAAUCAGGUCUAUCAUCUAUAUCAGGUAUAGACAUGAAGUGGGGAACUUGUCCAGAGUGUAAAAAGCCAAACACUGGAUGGAACUGGUGCCAACAAUGUAAUUCUAAACAUUUUCAACGAAGUUUUCAAUAUUGGACUAGCAAUAAUGAAAUUAUAGAUGAAUUCAUAAGAGAUACACAAAUGUUAGCAACAACUCAUUCACACGUAUUUGAAUGGAUACCCUAUAAAAAAUUUUAUAAGAUAGAAUAUAUUACACGUGGAGGAUUUGGUAAGGUUUAUUCAGCAACCUGGUUGGAUGGCAGAAUUAUGAAUUGGGAUGCAGGUCCCCGAUUGUGGAAACAGUAUAAACAUAAACAAAAGGUGGCGUUGAAAACUAUUUAUAAUGGGAUGGAAAUAACGCGAGAAUUUUUAGCAGAGAUCAAAUCACAUGCAGAACAUGAUGAUCCAAGCUACAUUGCUAAUUGGUUUGGAAUCUCACAGGAUCCGUUGAGUAAAGAAUAUAUAAUGGUCAUGAAAUAUUUUGAACAUGGAAGUAUUCGCGACUAUUUACGAAAUAAUCAUAUAAACUGGUUACAGAAGAUGAAGUUUAUACGACAAAUAUCGUUUGCUCUUUCCACAAUUCACGAAUGUAACUUUUGUCAUCGAAACCUUCAUACCGGAAAUAUAUUAGUUGAUCACUUUCCAUUUGCCAGGAUCAGUGAUUUGGGACAAGGCCAUUUAAUUAACACUCGUGGAGAAUCAGGUGAUCGACCACAAAUCAAACAAGAUGUUCCAUCACCUAUUGUUAAUCUGAUUCAAUUAUGUUGGGAUGGCGAAUACUAUAAACGCCCAACAGCAAAGCAACUGGUUGCAAUUCUUGAAAAUGCAUUAGAAAAUGAUUGGAAGAUACCACCGGAGCUUAUGGAUAAUGAUAAAAAGAUUGCUGAUGAAAUCAAAGAGUUCUUGAAAUCUCAUGGGAAGGAAACAUUAUCUGAUUUUAAAAUAUAUAUAAAAGAUCAAAACAAUAAUCAUCCUGAAGCUAUUUAUAAAAGUCGAGAAUUAGACUUUUCAGAGCUAUCGGAAUCAAUGGAUUCAUAUGAG